GGCGGCGGAGGCUCCCGGGCUGCGCGCCGGCUGGUAGAGCGGCCGCCCCAGGGAGCGGAACAGCCCGCCACGGCCGCGCCCCGGGGAGGCUCGGCGCCCAACGAUGACCCGUCCCUGGCGGCGUCUCCAGAGUCUGGUUUGGGAAUACUGGGCCGGGCUCCUGGUUUGCGUGCUCUGGAUUCAGGACUCUCGGGGAAUGCCCCAUGUCAUCCGAAUAGGAGGAAUCUUUGAGUAUGCAGAUGGACCCAAUGCCCAGGUCAUGAAUGCAGAGGAACAAGCCUUCCGAUUUUCUGCCAACAUCAUCAACAGAAAUAGGACUUUGCUGCCCAAUACCACCUUGACCUAUGAUAUUCAGAGGAUACAUUUUCAUGACAGCUUUGAAGCCACUAAGAAAGCCUGUGACCAGCUGGCCCUAGGGGUCGUAGCCAUUUUUGGACCUUCCCAGGGCUCCUGCACCAACGCAGUCCAGUCCAUCUGCAAUGCCCUGGAAGUGCCCCACAUCCAGCUACGUUGGAAACACCAUCCCUUGGAUAACAAAGACACCUUCUACGUGAAUCUCUACCCUGACUACGCAUCCCUCAGCCAUGCCAUCCUUGACCUUGUCCAGUAUCUUAAAUGGCGGUCAGCAACUGUGGUAUAUGAUGACAGCACAGGCCUCAUCCGGCUGCAGGAACUUAUCAUGGCCCCAUCGCGCUACAAUAUCCGCCUGAAGAUCCGCCAGCUCCCCAUCGAUUCUGAUGACUCCCGGCCCCUGCUCAAGGAGAUGAAAAGAGGCAGAGAAUUCCGCAUCAUAUUUGACUGCAGUCACACCAUGGCUGCCCAGAUCCUCAAGCAGGCCAUGGCGAUGGGGAUGAUGACUGAGUACUACCACUUUAUCUUCACAACUCUGGACCUUUAUGCAUUAGACUUAGAACCCUACCGCUACUCCGGAGUGAAUCUAACAGGGUUCCAUCUCAAUGUGGAGAACCCUCAUGUCUCAGCCAUUGUAGAGAAGUGGUCCAUGGAGAGGCUACAGGCAGCACCCCGGGCUGAGUCUGGCCUGCUGGAUGGGGUGAUGAUGACAGAUGCAGCCUUGCUCUAUGAUGCUGUCCAUAUCGUCUCUGUGUGCUACCAGCGGGCUCCGCAGAUGACCGUCAAUUCGCUGCAGUGUCACCGUCAUAAAGCCUGGCGCUUUGGAGGUCGCUUCAUGAAUUUCAUCAAAGAAGCUCAAUGGGAAGGAUUAACUGGACGGAUUGUUUUCAACAAAACCAGUGGCUUAAGGACUGAUUUUGACUUGGAUAUCAUCAGCCUAAAAGAAGAUGGCCUGGAGAAGGUGGGUGUGUGGUGUCCUGCUGAUGGCCUCAACAUCACAGAGAUUGCCAAAGGCCGGGGUCCCAACGUCACUGACUCCUUGACCAACAGAUCCCUCAUUGUCACCACUGUGCUGGAGGAACCCUUCGUCAUGUUCCGGAAGUCAGACAUGACCCUCUUUGGGAAUGACCGGUUUGAGGGCUACUGCAUUGACCUGCUGAAGGAACUGGCCCACAUCUUGGGCUUCACCUAUGAGAUCCGACUGGUGGAAGAUGGGAAGUAUGGGGCACAGGAUGAGAAGGGCCAGUGGAAUGGCAUGAUUAAGGAGCUCAUUGACCAUAAGGCAGACCUGGCUGUAGCCCCUCUGACCAUCACUCACAUCCGGGAAAAAGCCAUUGACUUCUCCAAGCCCUUCAUGACCCUCGGCGUCAGUAUCCUGUACCGGAAACCCAAUGGCACCAAUCCUGGCGUAUUCUCCUUCCUCAAUCCCUUGUCUCCUGAUAUCUGGAUGUAUGUCCUUCUUGCCUAUCUGGGUGUCAGCUGUGUUCUCUUCGUCAUUGCAAGGGGCCAUUGCUGCUUCCCUCAUCUGUUCCAGCACAUCUGGCUCACACUUGGACAUGACCUUGAACUUUCUUCCUCCUCCAGGUUCAGCCCUUAUGAAUGGUAUGAUGCACACCCCUGUAACCCUGGCUCAGACAUCGUGGAGAACAACUUCACUUUACUCAACAGCUUCUGGUUUGGGAUGGGCUCCCUGAUGCAACAAGGCUCUGAACUAAUGCCCAAAGCCUUGUCCACGAGGAUCAUCGGCGGCAUCUGGUGGUUCUUCACGCUGAUCAUCAUUUCUUCAUACACGGCCAACUUGGCGGCUUUCCUGACAGUGGAGCGGAUGGAAUCUCCCAUUGACUCAGCGGAUGACCUGGCCAAGCAGACCAAGAUUGAGUAUGGGGCAGUCAAGGAUGGGGCCACCAUGACCUUCUUCAAGAAAUCCAAGAUUUCCACAUUUGAGAAGAUGUGGGCAUUCAUGAGCAGCAAACCCUCAGCCCUGGUAAAGAACAAUGAGGAGGGGAUCCAGAGAGCCCUUACAGCUGACUAUGCCCUGCUUAUGGAAUCCACAGCCAUUGAGUACAUCACUCAGAGGAACUGCAACCUCACCCAAAUUGGAGGCCUCAUCGACUCCAAAGGCUAUGGGAUCGGCACACCUAUGGGCUCCCCCUACAGAGACAAGAUCACCAUUGCCAUCCUUCAGCUACAGGAAGAGGACAAGCUGCACAUCAUGAAGGAGAAGUGGUGGCGGGGCAAUGGCUGCCCAGAGGAGGAGAACAAGGAGGCCAGUGCCCUGGGCAUCCAGAAGAUCGGGGGCAUCUUCAUCGUGCUUGCUGCAGGGCUGGUGCUCUCUGUGCUGGUGGCUGUGGGCGAGUUCAUCUACAAGCUCCGAAAAACUGCUGAGCGGGAACAGCGUUCAUUCUGCAGCACUGUGGCUGACGAAAUCCGAUUCUCCCUCACCUGCCAGCGACGGGUCAAACACAAGCCUCAGCCACCAGUCAUGGUCAAAGCCGACGCUGUCAUCAACAUGCACACAUUCAAUGACCGUAGACUCCCAGGCAAGGACAGUAUGACCUGCAAUACUGCACUGGCACCCGUGUUCCCCUAGGGCUGGGGCAAGGGCCAGGGGCUGGCAAGAGGCAGUUCCCCUAGGGCAAAGGACGGGGACAGAAGGAAAGAUCCCCCUUCAAAGUCUGCGGGCAGUGAAAGAAGCUGGCCCCACCCCCGCCUGCCUACCUACAAUGAACCUACCAGACUCCAGCCUGUGGUUUAGGGGAUUGGGUGGAUAGUAGGUGGGGGCUUCUUGUUUGUCUCUCUCUUUCUCUAAAGCAGCAGAGGCAAAGAUGAAGAAUGCACACAUACACAUACACAUACAACACACACACAUACACACACACAUGCACACACACAUACACACACACAAACACACACACCUCCCUCAGGCUGAACUGUCUCCAUCUCCUAGAUAGGGAUUCAUACAGUGGACCCUCCGGCGAUAAAAGGGCUCCAUGCCAGCAGCCUUCUGGGGAGAUCUCAAGUCUCCAUGUUUAAAACUCUGUCCCAUGGGCUUCCAGGAGUGUGACAAUUAAAAAAAAAAAAACAGCAGCAGCCAUUUUGAUCGAGGGGGUAUGGCCAACAGUGUGGACAGAUGGACACCCAUACAUGCCCAGGACCCGUGGGCUGGAAGGAAGCUUCUGUUGUACAUUGACUGCUGACCUCAUCUUGAGUAGCCAAGAGGAUUUGAGGCCCACUGGCCUUAGACAGGGUUCCACGUUGGUGGUGAUGGAAUGGUCCAGGAAGAAGCAACACUGUGAACUGCUUAUAGAUGAGACACCUCUUUUUAUAAUGGACUGAGAAGACUAGGGUAGGGGGAGGAAACCACAAUGAAUUCUUCAACAAGCUAUUCCAGGCCCAAGGGACAGAUGUCUUCUUCCCCCUCUUAGAGAAAGGUCCAGAGACUCCAGCCACCUGUCCUUGCCUCCCAAAACUAGGCAAGAAGACAUAUAAUAUGGAAAAAGCAGAUGGCUCUUGAUUGGGGCAACCAAGACAUUGCUAGAGCCAGGGUGAUAUUCAUUUGGAGCAUGAAGGUUUUAUUGGUCAUGUCCUGCCUCCUUUGACACUGACUCUUUUCUAUCUGUCUCCCUCUGUCCUCUUGGGAGGACAAAUGAAGGAGAAAUGAGCUCCUGGCCCAGGCUAAAGAAGAAUUCAAGCCUCAUUUUUUCAGAGUAUAGAUGAGCCUUGAGUUGGACAGCAUCCUUUAGAGGCUGACAUCUGGAAAUGUGGAGGGGACAAGUGGUUAAAGAAGUGACCACAAGAGGCCCUGACCUUCAGGACCUUUCAGAAACUAUGAGCUUGUUUCCAAUGGCAAUUCUGGGCAAUGUCUCAUCUCCUCAGGGUGGGAGAGGGAAACUGUGCCUAGAAGCAUUAACCAAAGACCCCACAAGGUGGCCUCCACCCAGGUCACGCCUCAACUCUUCUCUUCAUUCCCCCUGGAGUAGUGGGGACAUUGUGGUGCUUUGGAGGACUGGCCAGAGAAGUGGGUAACAGGAAAUACCAGAAGGAACAAAGUGUCCUUAAAGAAGGCAUGAUUUGGCCUGAGAGGUUCUUCUCAAACAGGAGGAUUGCCCUACAUGAAGGGCAUUCAUCAGGGUGGGGGACAAAAUGGAGGCUCCAAUGGCUCACACAUGAUGCUUCAGUCCUGCCCUAGCCUCCCAGAUCUGCUGAAGUGCCCUUGUUAUUGAGAAGCUAAGUUUGAUUCUUGAAGGCUUCUCAGAAAACAAAGAAAAGGAGUCUCUGCAUUCUCCUAUGCCUCUCCCAGUCCCUGUGAAAGCAGGCAAACUUCUGUGUUCUAAGGAUGAUCCUGUGGUUCUAUGAUUAGGCAGGGCCAGGCAAAGAAUGCCCCCAUGCACUACAGCAUAAACAACGGUACCCUCUCUGUAGCCCAUGGACUGAGGGACAGACCCAGUUCCUGCUUACAGGGUCACCAUGUGUUCCUAGCUCUGACUGGGUAGACAAUGUUUGGGGUGGGCUGGUCUGAUUGACCCUGCACUAUAGCCAAAUCCAUUCACUAAUAAGACAAGCCAUGAUGUAAUGGAGUUUCUUGGUAUAUGUGUUUGUGUGUGUGUACGCACAGAUAUGUGCGUCUAGCUAAUGUCAGGAGCAGGGAAGAACAAUUAGUAAAUCAGAGUCCUGUUUAUACUUCUUUGGUGAAGGAAAAUGCUUCAUAAGAGAUUGUUUGGAUUACAGGUCCCAGCACAUGAAGUGCAUGAAAGUUUUGACUAAGUCUAAGCCAAACGAUUUAUUAUUAACUCAUGGUCCCUCAUUUUACUAUUUUUUUAAAGCAAAUUAACAGGACCUUAAACACAGACUUGUCUAAUUGCUCUUCCCUUUGUGCUUAUUAGCUACUAUUCAUCAUUAGAACAUAUUUCAUUAGAAUACAUGCAUACACAGCCAUAUAGAAAAUGGGUGUGUGUAUUUCAAUAUAUUCUUACAGCAGGGUGCAAGAAGCACUUUAAGUGAGAUGAUUUGUGUGUGUGGCAUUUCUGUGGAAGAAACAAGGAACAAUCACAAUGUUACAACCCAUUUAGGCAAACUUAAAGUGGUCAGAUAGUUUCUGGUCCCCUUUGCUGGCAUGGAAUGAUGCCCCCUUCCUAGGUCAGGUCCCAUGCAUCUCAUGUAUAUGUUAGAAUGUAUAUCCAAGACCAGAGCCUACAAGAGGCCUACAAGACCAGUCCAAGACCAGAUUUAGAGUUAGAAGGGAGCUCAGAGGCCUACUUCAGCUUAGCAUCUAGCAUUAGCCAGCAAGGAUGGACGGCUAAUAUUCAGUAUCCCCUGUAAACUCUAACAUCUGAAAACAUUGUUACAGAGAUGUGUGAUUCACAAGAUCUGAUCAGGAAAGACAUCAGGAAAGGAAAGGAAGGUGUAUAUUCACCUCCAAAGAGUGUUUCUUAGUGCUGGGGUUUAGAGUUGGUCAUUAGCCAGAUCAUUAGGGUAAUGUCAGAAUAGGAGUUGUAACACUUACCUACACAUGAUUAAAAGUUAAGAGAUGGUUGAACAUU